UGGAGGAGGAGAAGGUCGCACACGGGCCGGAAAGUGCGGAGGACACCGAGAGAGAGCCAGGAUUCCUUGCCCUCCUUAGGAGGAAAAGAGGUGAAGAGUCGCGCUGUAGUGAAAUAUUCCUCCGCCCCACCAGCCACAGCAUUCGCUCGGCUUCAGGAGAAGACUGACUUAAAGUUACCCCCUGCUAAUUGGCUGCGGGAGAAUGCCAAGCUUGGGCCUACCAGUCUGGGAAGUGGAAAGAAAAGCAAGCCAUUCUCAAGCUUUGGCAUGGCCUAUGAUUUCAUAGACUCUGUGGGGAAGGAGGUGGAUGUGGUGUCUGAUUCGGAGAACAUAAAGAAACUCUUAAAGAUUCCAUACAGUAAGUCGCAUGUCAGCAUGGCCGUUCACCGCAUUGGACGCACCCUACUUCUGGAUGAGCUAGACAUUCAGGAGCUUUUCAUGAGGUCCUCUCAGACAGGUGACUGGACAUGGCUGAAGGAGUUUUAUCAGAGGUUAUGGACCAGAAGUGGCAGAGAAAGAAGAAGAGUAAGGAGCACUGGUACCAGAAAGCCAUCCUCUCCAAGUUCCUCUAUUACAGUAUUAAUGGUGAUGACACAGCUGAACCGGUACCCACCACCCCUCCUGAACCCAGAGAAACUCAGAAUCUAAGUGAAUCCACAGGAAGAGACAAUGUAGCUUGGCCAGCCCCAUUUGAGACACUGCCUUCUGUAUCAGAGGAAGGGGGAGCUUCCAAUCAGGGUCUAAAAAAUGACUUUGUUCGAAAUAUUCUGGACAUUUGAAGAUAUCCAUAUGUUGGUUGGUUCUAAUAUGCCCAUAUUUGGAGGAGGGCGGUACCCGGCUGUUAGUCUGCGGCUACGGGAUAAUAAUAAACCAAUCAAUGUGCUAACUGGAAUUGAUUACUGGUUGGACAAUCUGAUCUGUAACGUACCAGAACUUGUCAUGUGCUUUCAUGUUAACGGCAUUGUACAGAAAUAUGAGAUGAUUAAAACUGAAGAUAUCCCAAAUCUG